AUGACCAUCCCGCACUACGGUGUCUGGGCCUGCCAGCCCACCCGCUAUACCGCCCAGACGGCGAAGCAGGAUCCCAAGUCCCCACAUAUCACCCUCUACUUCACCGAUGACUCCUCCUCCAGCAAAAAUCUCUCGGCUGCCGUCAAUGUCAAGUCAACGGACAAGGAUACCCGUCUGGUCUUUUGGCUAGACCGCAACUUCAGCCACCCGAUCACCGAGGAGCUGUCGACGCUCGAGCAAGGCUUCCACCUUGCCCAAUCUAACAACUCGGGCAGCUCAACCCGUGAGAGUGACGCUGACGCUCAGAGCCAGAGCCAGCAUCACAGCCGUCACCGUCAGAUUCGUCGAGAGGAUUCUACCCUGCAGGGUCUGGACUUUAUCCGUACGCAGGAUCUGGUCGAUAUCGAAUCCGGACAGGUCCUCCCGCACGAUAUUCCCGGCCCCAACAAUGACAUCCUGGACAGACUCGACCCCAUUCUGACCGAUGCCAUCAACCAGAAGGCGACCGCUUAUAUCUUCGGAUCCUCCUAUGGCUCGGGUAUCCACGACAUUCACAUGAACCAGGGCAGUCUGCCCAGUUUUGACAAUGGCAUUUACGAGGAUGGCGCGCUGCUGUUCAAAUUCGAUGACGGACACUGGGAGGCUGUCUUCCUGGCAUUUGCCUCGCAGAAGCUCCCCACCGAUGCCCAGGGUGAGGCAGAGUCAAACAGCAAGUCUCUGGCGGAUAUUCUGGGACAGUAG